AUGAGAUUCGUCAUUUUCAUGCCAACUUCUCUUUCGCUAUCCCAGAAGCCGUUCUACAUUCUUCUCUGCCUACAAUGCUGGCUGAAGAUGAUCAUGGAUUGUAUUAUUGCGAUUUUCGCAGUCGUUCUCAUCGCUUUCACCGUUCUGUAUCAGAAUACGACCACUGGUGCGGAUCUUGGCGUGGCUCUAAACUUGCUCAUCGUUGCGAACACCACACUCCUACGCCUUAUACAGUCAUGGACAUCUCUGGAAACCUCUCUGGGGUCCAUUUCCCAAUUGAAGAGUAUACAAGACUGCGUCCCUGAGGAUGACGACAGGGGUACUCUGGAUCCUGACUUACAAAUUGCAAUGGCCCUCUUCCGGCAAUUUGGAGGUCAAUGGCAUCUCAGUCGCCUAUUCAGAGUCCGCGGCACUUUCCUUGUCCAAUCUCUCUCUUGCCGUCAACCCUGGACUAUAGGCCGAACAGGAAGUGGGAAAAGCACUUUGAUGCUUUCAUUGUUGCAGCUCCUCCGGCCCGGACAGGGAUCUAUCUCAAUUGACGACAUCAAUAUUGGCUAUCUGUCCCCGAGAACAGUCCGAAAACGCGGGUUCAUUACAGUGCCUCAAGAUGGGUUGAGUAUUCCCAAGGCCAGUCUGCGGUUCAAUCUAGAUCCUUAUCAUACGAGCUCGGAUCAAGAUAUAUUAUGGAGUCUCCAAAGGACGGGUCUUUGGGACAAGAUUCAUUCGACAUCGGCCAUCCCAGACAGCAAGAAGGAAAACAUGAAUAUUGAUAUUCGAAGUUUACUAGAUCUUCCUAUGUCUUCAUUUCUGCCAUUCUCGACCGGACAUUUACAACUGUUCGCCCUCAGCCGAACCAUUCUAGAUGAAGCUAGCUCUUCGUUGGACUCGGAAACUGAAUCUAUUCUGACAGAUAUGCUCCGCCAUGAUCUUCAAGGUCACACUAUUGUUAUGAUUGCGCAUCGUGUUGCGGGUAUCAUGGGUGCUAUGAGACCUGGGGUGGAUGCAGUUGACACUAUGCAAGAUGGAAAGCUGCAAACGGUGACUCUCAUAGGAUGA